UAACCAGUCAGAGCAGAGACAUUAAUUCACAAGUGUUAAGGUGAAAAGGGACCAUUAUUAACAUCUAAUCUGACUUCCUAUACAACAGUGGGCAGAGAAUUUGACCAAGUGAUUCCUGCAUCAAGCCCACACCUUUUGGGAUUAACUAGUGCAGAUCUUUUAAAAAGACAUCCAACAAUUGGGAGUAGAUCCCUAAAACAGGUUAGUAUCAAUGGGGUAAAACUAUGGUGUUGAUAAAUGAAGUCACUGUGGGUGGCACUCAUAGGGAGAGGAGGAGCAGUUGUAGGCAAGCCAGGAACCUUUAGAAGUGCACCAAUACCCAGAACACAGCUUGCAUGUUUAUUUUGUUUGCCUGCUUAGAUUAUAAAUUCAGUGGGGCAGGCCCCAUGUCUCCUUUGUAAAGAGUACACACUGUGAGCGCUCACCAAAAGAACAAUAAAGGCAGUAGGUUCCAAUGAAGAGAAACGGGGACAGGUAAGUGCCAAUGUGGGGAACUGGCUCAGCAGCCAUUUAGUGCCCCAGCCUGUCCCACUGAAGUCAAUGGGAGCCCUUUGAGAGUAUGGUAGAUCUUAGAAUAUUAGAAUAAAUCCAGAGGUUGUACUUGAUGCCUGGGGUGUGGUACACAAAGAUUGGAUGAGCUGCGGCGGCCACUAAUUCCCAGCCCGAAGGUUUCAGUGGGGCUUAGCCCCAUGCUUCUGGUUCCUCAAGCCUAUCUCUGUUCUUAACCAAUAGGGCCAAGAACCAGUCAGACUUCUCCGCUCUCACUUUCUCAUUCAAUUUUCUUUCCAUUUCUCUCUUCUAUCUGUCUCCCAUCCUGGCUUUUUCUCUGUCCAUUCCUUUUACUCUCCUAUUCUCUUCUGCCUCCCUACCUUUUCCCCUCCCCCUCCUGCACUUUGUGAACUGCUGCUGCAGUGCUGAAGUCCAAAGUUCAGUAACUUGCUAAGCACACGGAUAAAUAUGAACCUUGGAGAAUUUACACUGCUCCAAUGUAAACAGAUAGCCAAGGGUCCCUUUAUCAGCACUGGCUCAGGACAGUCGUGGGGGGUCUGAAGUGGCUCAUUUUUGUAUUUUGUUUUUUUUGGGGGGUGCAAAGGCGGGAGUCUAAUGCCAUUCCCACUCUGCUGACAGUUGGGUGUAUUACCUCAGGAACAUGGUGUAGAGAAGGCUGAAGGCAGAACGUGCUGAAACUCAAAUCCAAGGGACACCAGACUGAAGACCAUGGUCUCUAAGCUGAGUCAUCUUCAGGUGGAGCUGCUGGGAGCACUGCUGGAGUCAGGGCUAACCAAGGAGACCCUGAUCAAAGCGCUCGGGGAAGUGGACCCCUAUGCUCUGCAGAGUGAAAGCCAGCGUGCCAUCAGUGCCAUCCAGGUGGAAAAAGGGGAACCCUGUGCUGAAAUUCCCAACCUGUCCAAUGGGAUGGAGGAAUCCAGGAUGUCCGAGGAGGAAACCUCUGACGAUGGGGAGGAAUUCACCCCUCCAAUCAUGAAGGAGCUGGAAAACCUGAGUCCAGAGGAGGCUGCUCACCAGAAGGCUGUUGUGGACAGACUAUUACAAGAGGAUCCCUGGAGAGUAGCAAAGAUGGUGAAAUCCUACCUCCAGCAGCACAACAUCCCUCAAAGGGAGGUGGUGGACACUACAGGUUUAAAUCAGUCUCACCUCUCACAGCAUCUCAACAAAGGCACACCCAUGAAGACCCAGAAGAGAGCUGCUCUCUACACCUGGUAUGUCCGCAAGCAGCGAGAGGUGGCCCAGCAGUUCACUCAUGCUGGUCAGGGACUUGUGGCAGAGGAGCCCAUGGGAGAUGACCUGCCCACCAAGAAAGGGAGAAGAAACCGCUUUAAGUGGGGUCCUGCCUCACAACAGAUCCUAUUCCAAGCUUACGAGAGACAGAAGAACCCAAGCAAGGAGGAGAGAGAAGCAUUGGUGGAGGAGUGCAACAGGGCAGAGUGCAUUCAGCGUGGCGUCUCCCCAUCCCAGGCCCAAGGUCUGGGCUCAAACCUGGUCACCGAGGUGAGAGUUUAUAACUGGUUUGCCAACCGUAGGAAGGAGGAAGCCUUUCGGCACAAGCUAGCCAUGGAUACCUACAGUGGGCCGCAGCCCAGCUCUGCUCCCUCACUGACCUCUCACAACUCUUCCUCCCUUCAGCCAACGCCUGCUAUCUCGCCAAGCAAAGUCCACGAUCAGCCUCAUCUGUGGGAACCAAGUCUCUCCUUUUCUGACAUAGGAAUGAGGUACAAUCAGCAGCCAGCCAAUGAGGCAGAGUCUUCCAGCAGCAAUCAUCAUGGGAACAGCUCCAUGGUGACCACCCAAACCAUUCUUCAUCAGGUCUCUCCCCCUGGACUGGAGCCAAGCCAGAACCUGUUGAGCACAGACACUAAGCUGAUCUCUGCUCAUGGGGGACCUCUCCCUCCUGUCAGCACCCUGACGGCUUUGCACAGCCUAGAGCAAAAUCCACACACGUUGAGCCAGCAAACCCAGAAUCUAAUCAUGGCAUCACUGCCUGGUGUUAUGGCAAUUGGAGCUGGUGAGACCUCAUCCCUGGCACCAGCAUUCACCAACACAGGGGCCUCCACCCUGGUAAUAGGCCUAGCCUCCACCCAAGCCCAGAGUGUUCCUGUGAUAAACAGCAUGGGAAGCAGCCUUACUACCCUUCAGCCUGUCCAGUUCUCCCAGCAGCUCCACCCAUCUUACCAGCAGCCCAUCAUGCAGCAGGUCCAGAGCCACAUCAAUCAGAGCCCCUUCAUGGCCACCAUGGCCCAGAUACAGAGCCCCCAUGCUCUCUACAGCCACAAGUCUGAAGUGGCCCAAUAUGCACAUACUGGCCUUUUACCCCAGACCAUGGUGAUAACAGAUACAGCAAAUCUCAGUGCCCUGACUAACCUGACACCAACCAAACAGGUGUUUACAUCUGAAUCAGAGACCCAUACGGAGUCUGGGAUCCACACGUCAGUGUCACAGACACCAACAAUACAUUUACAGAACCAAGACACAACCAUUCAGCACGUUCAGCCAGGCCAUCUCCUCACCCCGAGCCCAGCUGUCUCCUCUAGCAGCCUGGUGCUCUACCACAGCUCUGACUCCACCAACAGCCACAGCCACUUGCUGCCAUCUACUCACAGCGUUAUUGAGACCUUCAUCCCCACACAGAUGGCAUCCUCCACUCAGUAACCAUGGUGACCAGUUCACAGGUGACUGCCAUGACUGAGCCAUCAGGAGCACCUCCAUCUGUGUUUGUGAUUCACUGUCACUGCUGCCUUCCACAGGGAAGAGAGUGCCUGGCCUGGAGGCCUCCACCCCCUCUCCACUGCCUUGUGUGAAGUCCUCACCCUCAUCCAAACACAACACGGGAAGAGGUUUUUCUUGAGCACAAAGCUAUGAACACACAUCCAGAUGACAGAGGAGGACAGGGCUGACACCACUAGCUUCCACUGCCAAAGGGAACAAUGGCCAGCAUAGAGACCAGAAAUUGAGGACUUCCAUCAGGAUAUGGGUCUGAAUGGUCUACAGCAAAAUUGCAAAGGGAUAGCUGGAAUUUUCUUUCUUCUUAACCUUAGCUGGGCUGCAUAUAUAUAAACCUGCCAAUUCCACAGCAGGUCCUGCAGGAAAGAGCAGAACUGAGCUGCUAAUGGCAGGUGAGCACCACUUACCCACCCACCACUGCUGCAACAAGCAGAUGGAAACUGAAUGAGAGAGAAACUUUUCUUGGGGCAGACAGUACAAGAGCCCGAAUACUGGCCCUGCAGCUAAAAGACACUGAGAAACAGAGCCAGGGAUGGCAUGAGAACUAUCUUCUCAUUACAGAACCACUAACUAAAAACUUGUCAUUUCUUUAACUUAAAAGGGACACUGUCGAUUUAUUUAGGUUCAGAAAUAUGACUUCCACUAGGCCAGGGCUGUUUGAGGGUAAGAGGCCUGAGUAUUUUCAAUAGUUCUACUUUGUUUUAAAUUCAGAAAUUGAAGGUCAGGAGAAAGGAAUGUUUAAUUCUCCACAUCAGCAGGCUUGAUUCUUGGUCUCUCACACACCCCACAGGGUGAUCAAUGGAGCCAGUGCGGUCAGCAUUUGGGAUGGGGAGAGAGCAAGAAGUGGCUCAACAUAAUACAUCUGAAAAUAAUGUUUCAGAAACAUGGCUUUUUAAGCCCUGCCCCUCAUGUAACACCAUUGCCCCUUCUAACAGAGGGAGAGGUGUGUGUGUGUGUUGGUCUCUCUCACAUGUAUCAGAUCUUCUCUGUAAAGAUCUCCACAUAGGCGGAUUGUUUUAGUAUAAAUAUAGUGUAACCACAUUCUUAAUUCUUAGCCCUUCACUGUAUGCCUGAUGCUACAGCCCCCACUCCUGUGAAUAAUCCCUCAGAUUUCCAUGGAUCUAUUUGUAUAAGUGAACGCUUUGAGUCCUGAGGCCCUAGUUAUAAAUGCUUCUAGUAUUUCCUCUUCUUCCUUGUUGCUUAUAUGUUCAUAUCACUGAUGAGCUGCAAACAAACAUAGGAGAAGCCAUAAUAAACGUCUUUCUGGGGUUCUAAUGGAGCUGAAGAUAUCAAUUUAUACUGCAGAGGGGACAAAUCCCAAUGAGGGGAAAAUAUGAUCAAGCCUCUAAAAGGAUAAGAAACAAUAGAGAACAAAAGAAACUAUACAAAUAAGUUGACAGUGUCCCUAUUGCCACCAUAUCUGAUGACUGCAAACAUAUAGAUAUAAAUUGGUGCCAGUAUUCAGAAGACUUUUUCCCUGGACUCUGAUAUAAAGAGCUAUUAGAGCCUAAUUUCAGUAACUGAAAAUCUCAGUGGAAUUGGUCCCUAGGACUGAUGCCCCUCUCUACUCUGUUAUCCUGUAAAUAUAUUUAACUUUCAGUAAACUGAAAGAAAACCAUUUGAGACUGUUGUAUAUUUAUCCUCUUUACAGUAUAAGCAAAGUCAAAUGUAUGAGGAAUCCAGAAAAAAAGUUUAAAAAGUCACAUGAUUUUCAAAAGUUAAAAUUACUUAUAACUGUAAUGAUGGCCAUAAGGCAUGUGAUUUCUGUUGGUGUAUUUUGUUAAUUUACAGGCCGAUUUUCAAAAUACUUUUGCAGUUUAGAUGCCUGCAGGGCAUUUCCUUAUGCGAAAAAUAUCAGGGUUCUUGCACAAAAUGCGGGUGACUCCCAGGACCCUAUGAGGAGCAAUAUUUUCCUCACUUUAGCAUCUUGAGUUCCUCCACCCAUCCAAAUAUUAGGUCUUUCCCUGAAAUCUCAGAGCUGCUGGCCUCUACUAGGAAAGUAAAAACAGUACUGAAAACUACUAAAAACUGCUGCUGCAUCUCAGAGAGACAACACACACCUGGUUGAUCAAAUAAGGACUUAAAUGCAGUUACUACCAUGCUGGGCUCAAAGGCACCUAUUUCUGGCAGUUCUACAGCAUCAUCAAAUAGCUACAGACAGUUGUGCAA